AUGCCCUGUCCCAGACCCAACAGGAGCCUACCGCAGCAGUGGACCCAGUAUGCCCUGUCCCAGACCCAACAGGAGCCUACCGCAGCAGUGGACCCAGUAUGCCCUGUCCCAGACCCAGCAGGAGCCUACCGCAGCAGUGGACCCACCAUGCCCUGUCCCAGACCCAACAGGAGCCUACCGCAGCAGUGGACCCACCAUGCCCUGUCCCAGGCCCAACAGGAGCCUACCGCAGCAGUGGACCCACCAUGCCCUGUCCCAGGCCCAACAGGAGCCAACCACAGCAGUGGACCCACCAUGCCCUGUCCCAGACCCAGCAGGAGCCUACCGCAGCAGUGGACCCAGUAUGCCCUGUCCCAGACCCAGCAGGAGCCUACCGCAGCAGUGGACCCACCAUGCCCUGUCCCAGACCCAACAGGAGCCUACCGCAGCAGUGGACCCACCAUGCCCUGUCCCAGGCCCAACAGGAGCCUACCGCAGCAGUGGACCCACCAUGCCCUGUCCCAGACCCAACAGGAGCCUACCGCAGCAGUGGACCCACCAUGCCCUGUCCCAGGCCCAACAGGAGCCUACCGCAGCAGUGGACCCACCAUGCCCUGUCCCAGGCCCAACAGGAGCCAACCACAGCAGUGGACCCACCAUGCCCUGUCCCAGACCCAGCAGGAGCCUACCGCAGCAGUGGACCCACCAUGCCCUGUCCCAGACCCAGCAGGAGCCUACCGCAGCAGUGGACCCACCAUGCCCUGUCCCAGACCCAACAGGAGCCUACCGCAGCAGUGGACCCAGUAUGCCCUGUCCCAGACCCAACAGGAGCCUACCGCAGCAGUGGACCCAGUAUGCCCUGUCCCAGACCCAACAGGAGCCUACCGCAGCAGUGGACCCACCAUGCCCUGUCCCAGACCCAACAGGAGCCUACCGCAGCAGUGGACCCACCAUGCCCUGUCCCAGGCCCAACAGGAGCCUACCGCAGCAGUGGACCCAGUAUGCCCUGUCCCAGACCCAACAGGAGCCUACCGCAGCAGUGGACCCAGUAUGCCCUGUCCCAGACCCAACAGGAGCCUACCGCAGCAGUGGACCCACCAUGCCCUGUCCCAGACCCAACAGGAGCCUACCGCAGCAGUGGACCCAGUAUGCCCUGUCCCAGACCCAACAGGAGCCUACCGCAGCAGUGGACCCACCAUGCCCUGCCCCAGACCCAACAGGAGCCUACCGCAGCAGUGGACCCACCAUGCCCUGUCCCAGACCCAACAGGAGCCUACCGCAGCAGUGGACCCACCAUGCCCUGUCCCAGGCCCAACAGGAGCCUACCGCAGCAGUGGACCCACCAUGCCCUGUCCCAGACCCAGCAGGAGCCUACCGCAGCAGUGGACCCACCAUGCCCUGUCCCAGACCCAGCAGGAGCCUACCGCAGCAGUGGACCCAGUAUGCCCUGCCCCAGACCCAACAGGAGCCUACCGCAGCAGUGGACCCAGUAUGCCCUGUCCCAGACCCAACAGGAGCCUACCGCAGCAGUGGACCCACCAUGCCCUGUCCCAGACCCAGCAGGAGCCUACCGCAGCAGUGGACCCACCAUGCCCUGCCCCAGACCCAACAGGAGCCUACCGCAGCAGUGGACCCACCAUGCCCUGCCCCAGACCCAACAGGAGCCUACCGCAGCAGUGGACCCACCAUGCCCUGUCCCAGACCCAACAGGAGCCUACCGCAGCAGUGGACCCACCAUGCCCUGUCCCAGACCCAACAGGAGCCUACCGCAGCAGUGGACCCAGUAUGCCCUGUCCCAGACCCAACAGGAGCCUACCGCAGCAGUGGACCCACCAUGCCCUGUCCCAGACCCAGCAGGAGCCUACCGCAGCAGUGGACCCAGUAUGCCCUGUCCCAGACCCAACAGGAGCCUACCGCAGCAGUGGACCCACCAUGCCCUGCCCCAGACCCAACAGGAGCCUACCGCAGCAGUGGACCCAGUAUGCCCUGUCCCAGACCCAGCAGGAGCCUACCGCAGCAGUGGACCCACCAUGCCCUGUCCCAGACCCAACAGGAGCCUACCGCAGCAGUGGACCCACCAUGCCCUGUCCCAGACCCAGCAGGAGCCUACCGCAGCAGUGGACCCAGCAUGCCCUGUCCCAGACCCAGCAGGAGCCUACCGCAGCAGUGGACCCACCAUGCCCUGUCCCAGACCCAGCAGGAGCCUACCGCAGCAGUGGACCCACCAUGCCCUGUCCCAGACCCAACAGGAGCCUACCGCAGCAGUGGACCCACCAUGCCCUGUCCCAGACCCAGCAGGAGCCUACCGCAGCAGUGGACCCACCAUGCCCUGUCCCAGACCCAACAGGAGCCUACCGCAGCAGUGGACCCAGUAUGCCCUGUCCCAGACCCAACAGGAGCCUACCGCAGCAGUGGACCCAGUAUGCCCUGUCCCAGACCCAACAGGAGCCUACCGCAGCAGUGGACCCACCAUGCCCUGUCCCAGACCCAACAGGAGCCUACCGCAGCAGUGGACCCACCAUGCCCUGUCCCAGACCCAGCAGGAGCCUACCGCAGCAGUGGACCCACCAUGCCCUGUCCCAGACCCAGCAGGAGCCUACCGCAGCAGUGGACCCACCAUGCCCUGUCCCAGACCCAGCAGGAGCCUACCGCAGCAGUGGACCCACCAUGCCCUGUCCCAGACCCAGCAGGAGCCUACCGCAGCAGUGGACCCACCAUGCCCUGUCCCAGACCCAACAGGAGCCUACCGCAGCAGUGGACCCACCAUGCCCUGUCCCAGGCCCAACAGGAGCCUACCGCAGCAGUGGACCCAGUAUGCCCUGCCCCAGACCCAACAGGAGCCUACCGCAGCAGUGGACCCACCAUGCCCUGUCCCAGACCCAGCAGGAGCCUACCGCAGCAGUGGACCCACCAUGCCCUGUCCCAGACCCAACAGGAGCCUACCGCAGCAGUGGACCCACCAUGCCCUGUCCCAGACCCAACAGGAGCCUACCGCAGCAGUGGACCCACCAUGCCCUGUCCCAGGCCCAACAGGAGCCUACCGCAGCAGUGGACCCACCAUGCCCUGCCCCAGACCCAACAGGAGCCUACCGCAGCAGUGGACCCAGUAUGCCCUGUCCCAGACCCAGCAGGAGCCUACCGCAGCAGUGGACCCACCAUGCCCUGUCCCAGACCCAGCAGGAGCCUACCGCAGCAGUGGACCCACCAUGCCCUGUCCCAGACCCAACAGGAGCCUACCGCAGCAGUGGACCCACCAUGCCCUGUCCCAGGCCCAACGGGAGCCUACCGCAGCAGUGGACCCACCAUGCCCUGUCCCAGACCCAACAGGAGCCUACCGCAGCAGUGGACCCAGUAUGCCCUGCCCCAGACCCAACAGGAGCCUACCGCAGCAGUGGACCCACCAUGCCCUGUCCCAGACCCAGCAGGAGCCUACCGCAGCAGUGGACCCACCAUGCCCUGUCCCAGACCCAACAGGAGCCUACCGCAGCAGUGGACACACCAUGCCCUGUCCCAGACCCAGCAGGAGCCUACCGCAGCAGUGGACCCACCAUGCCCUGUCCCAGGCCCAACAGGAGCCUACCGCAGCAGUGGACCCACCAUGCCCUGUCCCAGACCCAGCAGGAGCCUACCGCAGCAGUGGACCCACCAUGCCCUGUCCCAGACCCAACAGGAGCCUACCGCAGCAGUGGACCCACCAUGCCCUGUCCCAGACCCAGCAGGAGCCUACCGCAGCAGUGGACCCACCAUGCCCUGCCCCAGACCCAGCAGGAGCCUACCGCAGCAGUGGACCCACCAUGCCCUGUCCCAGACCCAGCAGGAGCCUACCGCAGCAGUGGACCCACCAUGCCCUGUCCCAGACCCAACAGGAGCCUACCGCAGCAGUGGACCCAGUAUGCCCUGUCCCAGACCCAACAGGAGCCUACCGCAGCAGUGGACCCACCAUGCCCUGUCCCAGACCCAACAGGAGCCUACCGCAGCAGUGGACCCACCAUGCCCUGUCCCAGACCCAGCAGGAGCCUACCGCAGCAGUGGACCCACCAUGCCCUGUCCCAGACCCAGCAGGAGCCUACCGCAGCAGUGGACCCACCAUGCCCUGUCCCAGACCCAACAGGAGCCUACCGCAGCAGUGGACCCACCAUGCCCUGUCCCAGGCCCAACAGGAGCCUACCGCAGCAGUGGACCCACCAUGCCCUGUCCCAGGCCCAACAGGAGCCUACCGCAGCAGUGGACCCACCAUGCCCUGUCCCAGGCCCAACAGGAGCCUACCGCAGCAGUGGACCCACCAUGCCCUGUCCCAGGCCCAACAGGAGCCUACCGCAGCAGUGGACCCACCAUGCCCUGUCCCAGGCCCAACAGGAGCCUACCGCAGCAGUGGACCCACCAUGCCCUGUCCCAGGCCCAACAGGAGCCUACCGCAGCAGUGGACCCAGUAUGCCCUGCCCCAGACCCAGCAGGAGCCUACCGCAGCAGUGGACCCACCAUGCCCUGUCCCAGGCCCAACAGGAGCCUACCGCAGCAGUGGACCCACCAUGCCCUGUCCCAGACCCAACAGGAGCCUACCGCAGCAGUGGACCCACCAUGCCCUGUCCCAGGCCCAACAGGAGCCUACCGCAGCAGUGGACCCACCAUGCCCUGUCCCAGACCCAACAGGAGCCUACCGCAGCAGUGGACCCACCAUGCCCUGUCCCAGACCCAACAGGAGCCUACCGCAGCAGUGGACCCACCAUGCCCUGUCCCAGACCCAACAGGAGUCUACCGCAGCAGUGGACCCACCAUGCCCUGUCCCAGACCCAGCAGGAGCCUACCGCAGCAGUGGACCCAGUAUGCCCUGUCCCAGACCCAGCAGGAGCCUACCGCAGCAGUGGACCCACCAUGCCCUGUCCCAGACCCAGCAGGAGCCUACCGCAGCAGUGGACCCACCAUGCCCUGUCCCAGACCCAGCAGGAGCCUACCGCAGCAGUGGACCCACCAUGCCCUGUCCCAGACCCAACAGGAGCCUACCGCAGCAGUGGACCCACCAUGCCCUGUCCCAGGCCCAACAGGAGCCUACCGCAGCAGUGGACCCACCAUGCCCUGUCCCAGGCCCAACAGGAGCCUACCGCAGCAGUGGACCCACCAUGCCCUGUCCCAGGCCCAACAGGAGCCUACCGCAGCAGUGGACCCACCAUGCCCUGUCCCAGGCCCAACAGGAGCCUACCGCAGCAGUGGACCCACCAUGCCCUGUCCCAGGCCCAACAGGAGCCUACCGCAGCAGUGGACCCACCAUGCCCUGUCCCAGGCCCAACAGGAGCCUACCGCAGCAGUGGACCCAGUAUGCCCUGCCCCAGACCCAGCAGGAGCCUACCGCAGCAGUGGACCCACCAUGCCCUGUCCCAGGCCCAACAGGAGCCUACCGCAGCAGUGGACCCACCAUGCCCUGUCCCAGGCCCAACAGGAGCCUACCGCAGCAGUGGACCCACCAUGCAGAGGACAGUCAGACCAGAACAGCACCAUGUGCAACCGCCUCAUUAA